AUGGAUACCAGUAGCACUUUUAACUCAUUAUUGUUAUUUGUUUCUGAAAAUUGGAGAAGUCUUCUGAUAUUUACUUUAAUAUUCUUCAUUUAUUAUCAUUUUACCGAAACAUUUGAUUAUUUUGAGAAACGAAAUAUAAAGUUUCGGAAACCCGUUAUAUUUUUUGGGAAUAGCUUUAGACGAUUAAUGGGUACAAUUUCAUACCCAAACUUUCAAUUAGAAAAUUACAAUUAUUUUAAGGGAGAAAGAGUCGGUGGUAUAUUCGAAGGACGACGACCAGUGUUGUAUAUCAUAGAUCCUGAUUUAAUAAAAUCCGUGCUUAUCGCAGACUCAGAUCAUUUUAUUGACAGAACUUCGUUAGACAGUCGGGAACCGAGAUUUUUGAGCCGUUCUCUCAUAAAUUUAAAAGGCGCAGAAUGGAAAGCUGUACGGAGUUUAUUGACUCCAACAUUCAGUUCGUCAAGACUAAAACAUAUGCAACAUCUUAUACAACAUUGCUCGAAUCAAUUAGUGAAGUACCUGGAACAUUACGAUAAGAAGGAAGUGGAAUUAAAAGAUUUGAUGGGACAUUUAACUUUGGAAGUAACUGGGACUUGUGUUUUCGGAAUAAGUACCGACGCUCUGAGUGAUGAAAACGCUGAGUUUGUUAAAACGGCUGAGAAUUUCAAUUAUAUGUCAAUGAAGAAACGUUUGUGUCUGUUAUUCGUUUUGUUCUCUAUGCCAUCUUUGUUGAAAUAUUUGAACAUAUCGCUACUUAAUUAUGAGGCUAACAAGAAAUUGGUGGAUAUAUUGAUAAAUACGAAAUCGAAAAGGAUUCUGUCUAACACGAGACGUAAUGAUUUCCUGCAACUACUUGUUGACGCUUCUUUGAAAGAAGAAAGUGAACUAUCACAUCCGGGCGCUAAAAGAUAUUUAGACGACGAUACAGUGAAUGCUCAGGCGUUGUUAUUCCUUCAAGCUGGCUAUGAGACUAGCAGUACGUUGCUAUCAUUCGCGGUACAUUCACUGGCAAUACACCAAGAUAUACAAGACAAGCUGCGGGCUCAUAUACAGGAUGUUACCAAGGGGGAGGAGCUAUGCUACGAUCAUUUAACACAGUUGGAUUAUUUGGAAGGAAUUAUAUAUGAGACGCUGAGAUUGUAUCCAUCGCUCAGUAGGUUAGACAGGGAAUGCACGAAACCUUACAUUAUACCGGGAACGUCUAUCAAAGUGAACAAAGGCGAUAUGGUAUCUGUGCCGGUAUAUGGAGUACAUAUGGAUUCUGAUAUUUAUCCCGACGCGGAGAGUUUUAUACCGGAGAGAUUUAAUAGUGACGUUGGCAAGAAGAAGUCUCAUCUCUUCUUGUCGUUCGGCGCCGGACCUAGGAAUUGUAUCGGUUUGCGAUUUGCACUAAACGUAGCGAAGACAACGCUAGUUAGUUUGAUAAGAAACUACAAAUUCUCAACUUGUGAUAGAACCGAGAAUCCAGUGACGUUCCACAAAAGAUCAAUGCUAUUGAAGGCGGAAAAUGGUCUAUGGGUUCGAGUGGAUAAAAUAUAA